AUGCCCUACUGCCCCACGCGUCGCACGCACCCUGCUGCCCCCCCCCCCACGCCCCGCGUGACCUGCUGCCCUGCACGCCCCGCACGCCCUGCUGCCCUACGCGCCCUGUUGCCCCGCGCGCCUUGCUGCCCGCGCGCCCCGCGUGCCCUGCUGCCCAACGCACCACUCGUGCCCUGCUGCCCGUGUGCCCCGCGCGCCAUGCUGCCGUGCCCCGCGCGCUUUGCUGCCAGCGCGCCCCGCGCGUUCUGCUGCCAUGCGCACCCCACAGGCCAUGCUGCCAGAGCGCCCCGGGCGUCCUGCUGCCGCGCCCACAACGCCCUGCUGCCUUGCGCGCCCCGCGCGCCUUGCUGCCCGCGUGCCCCGCGCGCCCAGCUGCUCGCGCGCUGCCCUAGCUGCCCGGUCUCCCUGCUCGAGCACACGUCGGGGUCCCUUCAGGCCCCAACGACUCCCACUGCGCCUGCUGCUGACGCUGACGAGGAUGGGCAGUGGCGGUACCGGACGGACAGCCUUGCCUACAUACGGUGGACGGAGCCCAACGCUGUCGCACAGCUUGCCGUCCGAGCUGACCUGUCGUUCGACCAGAGGGCCCACUUUUGUCAGGUGACGUCGGCCCAGACUCUCUACGACGCCGUGGUUAGACACUACUCGUCCCUCUCUCCUGCCACCCAGCCACAGCGAUAG